AACGGCUAGCACGGUUAGCAAGGGUUUAGUUAGCAUGUUGUACGGAUGUCUGCACUUCUCCUCAGUCUCACUCUGGCGUCAUUUAGUCUCCUGGAGAUAUUUUACCUCCUGGUGAAGAAGAACAAGGAGCUCCACAGUCACAUGGUCUUCCUGCUCAGCCCACUAGUUCGAUGUUCUUCACUGGUUCUGUCCGUUGUUAUAAUCCAUGCGGAGAGAAUGAAAGGCACUCGUUCAUCUGUCCUCCUCUUCCUCUUUUGGAUGCUUCUGGUUCUUUGCUCCAUGGUUCCUCUGAAGGCUGUUGUGGAAGAAAUGACUGAUCAGGGUUUUUUGUCAGAUGCUGUUCGUUUUGUGGCCUUCUUCAUCUGUUUUUGCCUCCAAGUCCUUCAAGUGCUUCUCAGUGGCUUCUCAGAUCGCCGACCGCUGCGUCUUCUGUUUGUGGAGAAUCAAUGUCCAGAAGAAGACGCCUCCUUUCUUUCCAGGUUUUUCUUCUUUUGGUUCAGCAGUUUGGUGAUUCAGGGAUUCCGGUGCCCUCUUCAGGCAGCAGACUUGUGGACUCUACGGAAUGAGGACUCAUCCAAACGCAUCAUGUGUGCUCUGGAAGCGGCCUGGGCGCAGCAGUGUGAGCGCAGAAAGAAGUCCAUCCCUUGUGGGUCAUCUAGGUCUGACUGUGAUGAGAAAAGAGAGUUGCUAAGGAAGCCCCAAAAAUGCCACAGCUACGUUCACUUCUUGCUGUGUACGCUUGGGCGAACUUUUGCUCCGUAUUUCCUUUGGGGAACAUUGUUCCUGCUCCUACAUGACGCGUUCAUGUUCGCAGUCCCACAGGUGCUCAGCCUCCUGCUGGGCUUCAUGCGGGAUGGAGAGGCGGCCAUGUGGAAAGGCUUUCUGUUUGCCGGUCUGCUCUUUAUCCUGUCUUGCCUGCAGUCCCUCCUGCACCAUCAGUACAUGUAUCGCUGCUUCACGGUCGGAAUGAGGCUCAAAACCGCCAUCAUGGGUCUCGUCUACAGGAAGUGUUUGGUGAUGAGCAGUGCCACUCGCCGCCAGUGUGCUGUGGGAGAAAUCAUCAACCUGGUUUCAGUGGACACUCAGAAGAUGAUGGACCUCGUCGUUUACGUCAACAGUGUGUGGGUGGCCCCCAUUGAGAUCGCACUGUGCUUCUACUUCCUGUUCAAACUACUUGGGCCAUCGGCUUUGGCUGGCAUCGCUGCCAUUGUCCUGAUCUUCCCUCUGAAUGGAGUCAUUGCAAAGUUGAGGAGCAAGCUUCAGGAAGUGCAGAUGAACUUCAUGGACAGUCGCAUCAAACUGAUGAACGAGAUUCUGAGUGGAGUGAAGAUCGUCAAAUUCUAUGCCUGGGAGGACGCCUUCUUGCGUCGCGUCGGUGCCCUGAGAGACGGUGAACUAGACACUCUGAAGAAGUCUCAGGUCCUCUACUCGGUCUCACUGGCAUCCUUCAACUCCUCCUCCUUCUUGAUUGCCUUUGCCGUGUUUGCGGUUUAUGUGCUGAUUGAUGAGCGAAACGUUCUUGAUGCUGAGAAAAUAUUUGUAUCUGUGGCGCUCAUCAACAUAUUGAAAACUCCUUUGAGUCAGCUUCCUUUUGCCAUGAGCACCACCAUGCAGGCUUUUGUUUCACUCAGACGUUUGGGAAGCUUCCUGUGCCAAGAUGAACUGAAGUGGGACAACAUGGAGAGGCUUCCUCUUUCCAAAGAUGGUGAUGGAGUUCUUAUUGAAGAGGGAUACUUUGCUUGGUCCGGUGAUGGACCUCCAUGCUUGCAGAGAGUCAACCUGAAAGUAAAGAGCGGAACGCUGGUGGCCGUGGUCGGCCACGUAGGUUCAGGAAAAUCUUCACUGUUGUCGGCCAUAUUGGGAGAGAUGGAGAAGAGGGGGGGCUCUGUCCUGGUUCGGGGUUCCAUGGGAUAUGUUCCUCAACAGGCCUGGAUUCAGAAUGCCACUUUGACGGAGAACAUUUUGUUUGGCCUGGAAAGGAAGGAGAGCUGGUAUCACCGUGUGCUUGAGGCCUGUGCUCUGUUGCCGGAUCUGGAAGUCCUGCCGGCUGGAGAUGUCACAGAAAUUGGAGAAAAGGGACUGAACUUGUCUGGAGGUCAAAAGCAAAGAGUAAGCUUGGCUCGAGCUGUGUACAGGAAGUCAGAUGUUUAUCUGCUGGAUGAUCCGCUGUCCGCUGUUGACGCUCAUGUGGGGCAACACAUCUUUGACCGAGUCAUUGGACCCAAAGGACUUCUGAAGAACAAGACACGAGUGCUUGUCACUCACAGCGUCAGUUUGCUGCCAAAAGCUGAUUUGGUUGUGGUGAUGGAGGCGGGUCACAUCUCUGAGAUGGGCUCAUACCCGGAACUGAUGGACCAGAAAGGAGCUUUUGCCCAAUUGAUCCACAACUUUAGCCGAAACCAGUCCAAAGAAAGCACCACCUCCAAGGAAAAGAGUAGUUUUGCUGGAGAACACGUCAGCAGGAAGUCACUGUCUCGCCUGAGUAUCACUGACUUCUCGAUUGAUCUUUCUCAGGAGCAACUCAUCAGCUGUGACAUAGGGGCCACCAGUGUUCAGCUGAUGGAGACGCUCAACGACUUGCCUUCCGAUGAUUCUGGGAAACUCACUCAGGCUGACACAGCUCACGUUGGCAGAGUAAAGCUGCAAGUAUACCAAGAAUACUUCAGAACCGUCGGCCUGACCUUCAUCAUGACCAUCAUCUUCCUGUGUGCCUUCCAGCAGUCUGCCUCGUUAGCUUACAGUUACUGGUUAAGUCUGUGGGCUGACGACCUUCCCAUCAACGGGACCCAGACUGACCAUGUGCUAAAACUGAGUGUCUUUGGAGCGCUCGGUGUCACCCAAGGUAUGGCCAUGUUUGGAACGACACUGGCCAUCGCUCUGGGUGGGAUCGUAGCAUCACGCCACCUUCAUGCUGAUCUGCUCCACAAUGUGCUCCGUUCGUCAAUGUCGUUUUUUGAGGUGACACCCAGUGGAAACCUUCUGAACCGCUUCUCCAAGGAAAUUGACGCCAUUGACUGCAUGAUUCCCGAAGGCCUCAAAAUGAUGCUGGGCUACCUGUUCAAGCUGUUGGAAAUUUGCAUCAUUGUCUUGGUGGCCACUCCUUUCUGUGGGCUGGUGCUGCUCCCGCUCACCUGCUUCUAUAUCUUCAUACAGAGUUUCUACGUGGCAACGUCAUGUCAGCUUCGGCGACUGGAGGCGGUCAGUCGCUCGCCCAUCUACAGCCACUUCAACGAGACCGUGCAGGGGGUCUGCGUUAUUCGUGCCUUUGGUGAGCAGCAACGGUUUGUGCAGCAGGCUGACCAUCGCAUUGACAAAAACCAAGCCGCUUAUUUUCCACGAUUUGUGGCGACCAGAUGGUUGGCAGUGAAUCUGGAGUUUCUGGGGAAUCUUCUGGUUCUGGCUGCUGCUGUUCUGUCAGUGCGAAGUCGGCAUGACCUCAGUCCGGGCGUCGUGGGUUUGGCAGUGACACAUUCUCUCCAGGUGACAGGGAUUCUGAGCUGGAUUGUUCGAUCCUGGACUGAUGUGGAGAACAACAUUGUGUCAGUAGAGAGAGUAAAGGAGUAUGCAAAUACUCCCAAAGAGGCAGCUUGGGUAAACACAGACAAUUAUCUCCAAGCUGACUGGCCAACUAAAGGAUGCAUCCAGUUUGAGGACUACGGGCUGCAGUAUCGUAAAGGUCUUGACUGGGCCUUGAAGGGCAUCUCCAUCAAUAUCCAUGACAAAGAGAAGGUGGGGAUCGUUGGAAGAACUGGAGCAGGGAAGUCAUCCUUAGCGUUGGGAAUUUUUCGUAUUCUGGAGGCAGCCAGUGGACGGAUUUGCAUUGAUGAAGUUGAUAUUGCCCAGAUUGGCCUUCAUGACCUUCGCUCCAGGAUCACUAUCAUUCCUCAGGAUCCAGUGUUGUUUUCAGGAUCUCUCAGGAUGAACUUGGAUCCAUUUGAUACCUGUUCAGAUGAGGAGCUGUGGAGAGCUCUGGAACUUGCUCAUCUUGGCAGCUUUGUGGCCACGCUACCUGACCAACUUAAGCACCAAUGCUGUGAAGGAGGAGAGAACCUCAGUCUUGGUCAGCGGCAGCUGUUGUGCUUAGCAAGAGCCCUGCUGAGAAAAACCAAAAUCCUCGUUCUGGAUGAAGCCACAGCAGCUGUGGAUUUGGAGAUGGACCAGCUGAUCCAAUCCACCAUACGGACUCAGUUCAGCGAUUGCACUAUCCUCACCAUUGCUCACCGCCUGAAUACAGUCAUGGACUACACAAGGAUCAUUGUCAUGGACCACGGCUCCAUCGUGGAGAUGGACUCCCCUUCACAGCUCCUCCAACAGCAAGGCCACUUUCAUCAAAUGUGUCAUCAGGCUGGAUUAGUUUGAUACACAAGCAAAAACAUGUGUGCAUAUAUCUAUAUUUAUAUAGACAGUCUGUGGACUGUAAAAGAUUUUGGACAGGUUUUAUAUGUAGGUUUACCCGAACCCUUGCUUCAUGUAAAUACUAUGACUACCCUACCGUUACUGUGAACAAAACUAUCCCUAGUGAGUUGUAAUUCAAGUCCUAAUGUGAUCCGGUCUGAUUAUUUAUAAAUAAAUAAAUACAGAAAAAAAUACAUUAUUUUUUUUAUUCAUAGAGACCAACCUAUUCAUAGAGGAGGUAAUUAAUUCACUAUAUAACCCCAAUCUGGUCUGGUUUUAGGAUUAAUAAAUACAUACAUACUUGAAUAAAUAGUCAUAAAAACCAAUUCAUAGAAAAAGGCAUUAAUAUAUACUAAUACAAGCAUUACUACAUACAAGUUUAUUAAAACCAUAAUAUUUUUAAAAAAUCAGUUUUAGAAAGGAUUGUUCCAAUUGGCGUUUGUCUAUAUGUGCCCUGUGAUUGGCUGGCGACCAGUCCAGGGUGUACCCCGCCUCUCGCCCCAAGACAGCUGGGAUAGGCUCCAGCACCCCCCGCGACCCUCUUGAGGAAAAAGCGGUAGAAAAUGAAUGAAUGAAUGUUCCAAUUGGCUGAUUCUAACUGGGAGGGAAAAGAGAUGUUCUCUGAUUGGACACAGGGCUAGAAGGGGCGGGAGUUAGAUCCCAUUCUCUCUCUGACAGAUAACAGUGCCACAUCUCAUCUUUGACUUACCUGGUUGACUUACUUUGACUUACUCAAUUGCUGUUUAGCCACAUUUAAUUUUCCUUGUCUUGCCUCUUUUCCAGCCGCUUCCCGUGUCUUCAAACACCCGCUUCUUUUUUUGUCCACUGUGUGGGUGACAUAGGCAUAUUGGUGACAUACUAAGCAAUUCUUCUAAACGUGAAAAAAGUCCCUGAGUACUUUUCAUAAUCAAGGUUAUUCGAAUUAUCCGAUUUCAUAUUUUAAAAAUCAAGCUGUAAUGUGGUUUUAAAUAAACCAUUUUGGU